UGUCGUUGGAAAUUAGAAGCGACAUUUUGAUCACUAAUCUAUUUUGUCUAUGGUCCGCGUCUUUCUCUCGGCUCGCAAGUUUGCGAGUGAAAAUCGCGGAUUACUGGGUCUUUUGACCUUUUCUUGAUGGCUGCUGAAUAGUGCCGUUGAAAGUGUAGUUAAGUUCAAACAUGAGUGACUAUUCUUCUAUGGCUACGCUUCAAAACAAUAGCCAAACGGCAGGAUUCGCGACUGCUGUACAACGUGCGAGAUUGGUGGCUGCUAAGCUUGGUGGUAGCAAGAGGGCAUUAGAAGACGGACCUGAACCAAGUCCAAAGAAAUUGGCACCUGUAGAACCUGUAUAUCAACCGCAACAGCAAAUCAUGAGUGGCUCAGCGGCAGCAGCGAUGGGCGGCGGGGCUCGCAUGCCGGUGCCCAGCGGCGGCCCGCCUGGCGCACCCUCAAACCUCCUGCCUGAACAGAGCAUCAAUGAAUACAUCAAAGUACCUCACAAGAUGGUCGGACUUAUAAUCGGUCGUGGCGGCGAGCAGAUCACGAGGCUGCAAGCUGAGUCUGGGUGCAAGAUCCAAAUGGCUCCGGACUUGGGCGAACACCCAGACAGGCUGUGCACGCUCACCGGGUCGCGAGAGGCCAUUGAGAGGGCGAAGGAGCUGGUAAACCAAAUAGUGAACCACCGUGGCCGCGAGAACGCGCCGCAACACCAGGACAACCCCGGCGGCGGGGGCAUGCCGCCCAUGAUGCGGGGCGGCGGGGGCGGGGGACCCACCACGGAGGAGAUAAUGCUUCCAGGACCGAAAGUAGGUCUCAUCAUCGGCAAGAACGGUAAAACAAUAAAACAACUGCAAGAGCAGUCGGGCGCCAAGAUGGUGGUCAUACAGGACGGACCCAACACGGAAUAUGAGAAGCCGCUACGCAUCUCCGGCGAUCCUUCGAAAGUGGAGCACGCUAAGCAGCUGGUGUUCGAACUGCUGGCUGAUAAGGACAUGCAGCCCGGCGGCGGUCAGCGGCCGCAGCCCUAUGACGACGGGUACUCCAACCCGGACCAGGGCAACGGCCUCGCCACCAACUCUACAGAGGUACUAGUACCAAAGAUCGCCGUGGGAGUCGUUAUUGGCCGUCACGGCGACAUGAUCAAGAAGAUCCAGGCGGAGACGGGGUGCAGGGUGCAGUUCCACCAGGAGAGGGACGAGGGGCCCGGCGACAAGCGAUGCUACCUGCAGGGCAAGCCGCACCAGGUGGAGCAGGCGCGGCAGAUGAUAGAGGAUCUUAUAUCUAGUGUGAAUAGACGCGAGCAAGAGGUGCGAGCGGGUCGCGGGCGCGGCGGCUCGGGACAGCGCAACGGCGAGCGUUCCGACUUCCAGCAGUGGUCCGAGACGCCGGAGGUGCGCGUCACUUUCUCCGUCGUCAACACUAAAUGCGGACUCAUUAUUGGCAGAGGCGCCGAGGUGAUAAAGCAGAUAAACGCUCAAUCGGGCGCACACUGCGAGCUGGACCGGCGCGCGCAGGUCCCCGACAGUAACGACAGGACGUUCUUCAUCAAGGGACAUCCGGAGGCGGUGGAGCACUGCAAGCGGCUUAUCAUGGAGAAAUUAGGCAUGCCGGUGAACUUCGUCCAAGAAGGCGGCAACAACGGCAACAAUGGCGGCGGUGGUGGCGGCGGCGAGUACUACAGCGGCAACACGCCCGCCGCCUGGGGCUACAACCCGCACUGGCACCAACCCCAACCACCACAACAGCAACAGACUGUAAUGUAUCCACAGCAACAAGUGUCCAUCAAUCCGGCGACAGGACAGCCGGACUACUCGCAACAAUGGAUAGAUUACUAUCGCUCGCACGGGUUGAUGCGCGAGGCGGAAGCGAUAGAGCAACAGGCCAAGCAGCAGGGUAUGGAUGGUUCGUCGGGUGGUUCAUCCGGCGGUGGGUCAGCUGGGCCGCCGGUGGCGCCGUCUCCUGCGCCGGCGCCUGCCCCUGCCCCCGCACCCGCGCCCGCCUCCGCCUCCGCACAGCCCGACUACAGCGCGCAAUGGGCCGAGUACUACCGCAGCAUCGGCAAGCACAAGGAGGCUGAUGCCAUCGAGACGCAGAUCAAACACAAGCAAACACAGCAACCAUCGCAAGCGCAGCAACAGCAACAGCAGCCGGUGGGCGGCAACGCGGCUGCCGGCGGCGGCAUGAUGGGCGGGCAGUACUCGCAGCAGUACCCGAUGUACCCUGGCGGCGGCGUGUACCCCGGCUACGCUCCCUACCUGUAUCAGGGCGGCAAUGUGCCAACAGCUGCAGCACCUGAUCCCCACCAGCAAUGAGAAGAGUCGCCAGACGUCCAGUCCAUAUGGGGAGAAUACGAGACGUCUUGUAGCGCAUAAACAUAUUCUAAGCAAAUUUGUUUGAAGAAAGCUGUUUACAAAGCGCCCAAUACCGACAGACACCCACAAUAAAUAAGUUACCUUCGGAUUGGAAACGGCGAGGCAACUCCGCCUCAACAACAAACAAUAUUGUAUAACACUGUAAAAAGCUAUAUCAACGUUACUUUACCUUACCUAAACACAUUACAUGAACGUUUUAUUUCUUGUGGGUCAAUCUCCAUUGAAAUUGUCAAUACACGUUUAGAUUACGAGAUUAUUUUAUAUAUUUUGACCGUCUACUAAAAUUUUGCGGCUGUGUGGUCUAUACUCUAUUCUAGCGUAUUACUGAAUUUUAUAUUGUGCCGUCGUAUUAUUAAACUGAUUAUGUUGUGCCAAUAUUCAUGUAUGUUAUGCCGAUCUGUCCAGGUUAAAGUUGUAACCACACUGCCUUUAGAGUAACAGAAUGAUCCGACGUACCACGGAGCUAAAGAGAGAGUGACAAACACAGAAAUAAAAGAAUUAUGAACACAGAGAUACGUCGCCCAGGAGUCGAGGUAAUUGUACAGUAUUGAGUGAACUAAGACACUUUGUUAUUUCAGUUUUUCACAUAUAUUAUGUUUGAACACGGUGAUGUAAGUCUUACGCUGUGGUAAUACAUUUUAAAUUUCAACGUGUAGCGUAACACUUUAUAAAUCUCACGGUUUCGAUAAUGUAAUUGUCUAGAUGAUAAGUACUAAGUUAGGUGUAGUGUAAUAAAAUAUUUCCGUAAAAAUCUCUCUUGACGGCUCAUUAGGUUGUAAACGGUCAUGAAAUUAAACAUGUACGGUACAUAUAAAUUUAACUUCGUUUUAUAACAGAUUAGGCGUUAGUGUAUUGAAAAAUGGAAAGGUAAUGUAAGUCUAUCUACAUUCCUGGCAAUAUGUUCAAUUAUGAUACGCGAGUCGGUAACGCUCGGCUUCACGGGUACCACACCCGAGUCAUGUAUUAAUUUUUAAGAUAUAAAGUGUAUGUUGAUUCACU